GUGAGGGAAGUUUAUUCUGAAGGAAGCGAGGAAAGUUUCCUCAUUUGUCUCUCCUGCAUUCUCAGCCUCUCCUCUCCCACCCUGACCCCCUAAAGCCCGGCUGUUAAAGUGGGACGAAACAGCAGCUCGGAUGAGACUGAGUGACAGCUUUCACACCCCAGUACAAACACAAGGCUUUCUUUAAAACUUGCGUCGACAUCUAGAGCGGCUGUGCGCGCUCCCGCCGCAAGCGCAGACACGGAUGCGCGCCCCCGCGCCGGGAAGAGAGAUAGAGAGAGAGAGAGAGAGAGAGAGAGAGAUAAGGGAAGAGAGUUGGGGUUGCUGGCGGUAAAGUUAUCCGGGAAGGUGGCUCAGAAAAUGCCCGAGGAGAAAAAAGCAGAGGACCGCUGCUAAUCUGAUGCACUGGACAGCCCGCGUGCACCGCAAAGGAUGAAGAUGGGGAUCAUCAGCAGCAGCUUCAUCCUCUUCUUCCUCGCCCUCCAUCACUGCUCGUCACGGCCAUGUUUAGAUCCAUUGAUCUCUCCACUUUAUGCCUCCUCUUUCCUGGCCUCCUCCAGAUAUAAUUUCCUCUACUCCGCUCAUUUUGCAAAGCUCUAUGGCAGCAGUGGCUGGUCUCCCUCCCCUCGGGACAGACAGCCGUGGAUGCAGAUCGACCUGGGCCGGAAGUAUCGUAUUGUGGCCAUCGCCACUCAGGGGACUUUCAACUCCUACGACUGGGUCACCAAAUAUACACUCCUCUACGGAGACCGUCCUGAUGCAUGGACACCCUAUGUUAUGAGAGGCGGCAACAUGACAUUGCCUGGAAACUGGAAUUAUUACCAGGUGAAGAGGAAUGUGUUCCACUACGCCUUCACUGCCAAACACCUGCGCUUCCUGCCUAUGGGCUGGAACACAGAAAAUGGCGGCAAGAUUGGCGUCCGGCUGGAGGUGUAUGGCUGUCCCUACGACUCAUAUGUAAUGCAGUUAGAGGGGGACGAUAUGGUGGCUUAUUCCUUUCCCGGCGGGCGGAUGCGGACGCUACAGGACCACUACGCUCUGAACUUUAAGACACUGGAGAAAGAUGGGGUUCUGCUGUACAGUGAAGGCCUACAGGGAGACUCCAUCAUGCUGGAGCUGAAAACAGGGCGACUUUACCUGCAUAUUAGCCUGGGGAGCAGCACAGUUCAUAACACAAAUGGAAUGACCACAAUGAGAGUGGGGAACCUGCUGGACACUCAGCACUGGCACUAUGUCACCAUCAAACGCAAUGGCCGAGAGGUCAACUUCACCCUGGACAGCCAGACAGAGAGAGCCGUCCUCAACGGGGAGUUUAACUACUUGGAUUUGGACAAACAGAUAUAUGUGGGAGGGGUCAUAGAGAAAGACACGCCCCACCUCCCUGGUAAGAUUAAUUUCCGUGGCUGCAUGGAGAACGUCUUCAUCAAUGGAAUUAACAUCAUUUACAAGACCAAGUACCAAGAGCCUGAUGUACGGCUUGCUCCUAAAAAGAAAAAGAUGCACUACACGUGCCGUGACCUGCUUUGGCGACCCUUGAGCUUCGCAGGGCCCAACAACUAUCUGCAGGUGCCUGGAUUUUUUCGGAGGAAUCGCUUGGCGGUGAAAUUUAAGUUCCGCUCUUGGGAUUAUACAGGCUUGCUGAUGUUUACGAGGUUCGCGGAUGAGUUGGGCUCUCUGGAGCUGGGCCUAAGUGAAGGUCAGGUCAACAUCACAUUGACCCAGAGGGACAACAAAAGACUCCGCUUUGCUGCAGGGUACCGUUUGAAUGAUGGCUUCUGGCACACAGUGGACCUGGCUGCCAAAGACAACUUGUUGACCAUCACCAUCGAUGAAGACGAAAGCUCUCCUCUGAAGAUCACAAACCCGUUCCAGGUGAAGACUGGAGACCGCUACUUUUUUGGGGGCUGUCCUAAGACCAAUAACACGGCUCGUUGUGUGACCAAACUGGCCCGCUUCCACGGCUGCAUGCAGCAAAUCUUUAUUGAUGACGAGCCUGUGGACAUCGACGUGAUGCUGCAGAGAAAAUGGGGCAGAUACACUGAGCUGCUGCUGGGGACGUGUGCCAUCACUGACAGGUGUACUCCAAACCCAUGUGAGCAUGAGGGCAGGUGUAUUCAGUCCUGGAACGACUUCUUGUGCAUUUGCAACAGCACGGGCUACAAAGGGGAAGUCUGUCAUAACUCGGUCUAUAGAGAGUCGUGUGAAGCGUACAGACUGAAUGGAAAGUAUUGGUCAGGCAACUACACCAUAGACCCCGAUCUGAGCGGCCCGCUGAAGCCUUUCACUGUCUACUGCAAGAUGAAGAUGAAUAGGGCCUGGACAAUUAUUGAGCAUAACCGCAUUGACAGCACUAAGGUAACUGGCUCCAGUGUGGACCGACCUUAUAUAGGGGAUCUACAGUAUGUGAACGCUUCGUGGGAUGAAGUCACUGCUUUGGCCAACACGUCAUUAUAUUGUGAACAGUGGAUCGAGUUCUCAUGCUACAAGUCUCGCCUCCUAAACACGCCACAUGGAAGGCCUUACACAUACUGGAUUGGUCGUCAUAAUGAAAGUCAUGAUUACUGGGGUGGUUCUUUCCCUGAGAGCGGCAAAUGUGGCUGUGCCAUCAAUCAAACCUGCACUGACUCAAAGUUCUGGUGCAACUGUGAUGCAGACUACCGGCAGUGGUAUGCUGAUAAGGGCUAUGUGAUGUUCCGAGACCACUUGCCUGUGAGAAGAGUUGUCAUUGGUGACACAAAUCGUACUGGCUCAGAGGCUCACUUCAGCGUAGGUCCACUGCGCUGUUAUGGAGACCGAAGCAUCUGGAACACCAUUGCCAUCACUAAGCCCACCUACCUGACCUUCCCCACCUUCAGACCUGGCAACAGUGCUGACAUCACCUUCCACUUUAGGACUUACCGCACCAAUGGGGUCUUCCUGGAGAACUCUGAUGACCAUCUGCGUAACUUUAUCAGGAUCGAGCUGAACUCCACUACUGAGGUGAUAUUCAUCUUCAUGGUGGGUGAUGGGAUCAGAAACGUGACCCUGCGCACUCCAAAGGCUCUGAAUGAUAAUGAGUGGCACUACGUGGAGGCAGAAAUCAAUGCUAAAAUGGCACGACUCAAAGUGGACUUCUUCCCUCCAGCCAUACACAAGUUUCCUGGCCAGACUUACAUCAACAUGCAGUUUACCCAACCCCUGCUCGUAGGUGCUGCUAAUCACACCCUGCGGCCAUUCCUGGGCUGUCUGCGUGGCCUGCGGAUGAACGGGGUUCCUGUGGAUCUGGAAGGAAAAGUGGAUGAGCGGAACGGGAUCAGGAGGAACUGUACAGGAGCGUGUUUAAAUGCCUCAAUACCCUGCAGAAACGGAGGCCAGUGCAUCGACGGCUAUGCGUCAUACACCUGCGACUGCAACAACACAGCCUUUGACGGCUACUACUGCCACUUAGACAUUGGAGCGUACUUCGAUGUCGGGGCGUGGCUGCGCUAUGACAUUCGUAAAGAGCCUAUUCCGGAUGAUGCAUGGUGGGCUAACUUCUGGAUCGAGCCCCACUGGCACAACUUCACACUGGGCUACAACACCACCACUGAUGACAUCGAGUUCAGCUUCAGCACCCAGCAGACGCCAGCAGUCCUGCUCUACAUCAGCUCCUUCCACAAAGACUACAUCGCUGUUCUUCUCAAGAAAGAUGGCACUCUGUCUCUGAGGUACCGGCUGGGCUUGUUGACGCAUAAAUUUCAGCUGACCAACAGAAACCUGGCUGACGGCUUUCCUCACUUCGUCAACAUCACCAGACACAACUACACUGUGUGGACGCAGGUGGAUUACAUGGAGCCAUGGGUGGAGAGGUUAACUCUUGGGGAGAUUCCCAGAUUUGACUCUCCUAAGUCCAUUUUUCUUGGCAGAGUGAUGGAGGUUGGAGACAUUGAUUACGACAUUCAAAGGCACAACAGUCCCGGUCUAGUGGGCUGUAUUUCGGGGGUUCGCUACAACAUCUUUGCCCCAUUAAAGGCUUACUUCCGGCCCAAUGUAACCAAUCCACCUGUGACGACCCAGGGCUACGUUGUGGAGUCUAACUGUGGGGCAUUCCCGCCAGUCUUAGGCUACGUCCCCUGGGAGGAUGACCCGUGGUUCACCGGACUGUUCUUUUAUUAUAUUCAUGAUGACGUGACUCCACCCUGGAUGACAUUGAUCGUCACCGUGUCUCUGAUGCUGCUCUUCCUGAUCCUGUACGGCAUGUACAUUUACCUGUACAGGUAUAAGGGCAGUUACCACACAAACGAACCCAAAAAUCUGGAGUCCCCCAGUUCAGCACGGCCGCUGACCGAAACCCUGCGGAAGGAGAAGAAAAGUCUUCCGGAAAUACAGGAGGAGGCACCCAGCGAAUAACACGGAAUGAUAGAAAUGGGGAGGGGAGGGGGAGAGGGGAACAGGAGGAUGAGUGACAAAAAGAGAGAACAGGACGGGAUGAGUGUACAAAAUGAGCUAAGUUACUACUGCAGAGCGUGUCUAUAUUUUUCCUGUAUAUUUCCUCUAUUGUCUUUUUUAGCUCAACUUUGUUACCAUAUAUAAAGAAAAAAGUGAUGCACUGAAUUUACACAAUUUUAUAUCAGUUCUACAUGAAUAAAAUACAUAACAACUGCACAGUUAUUUCCAAAAGCAGUGAUGAAAAGUGAUAAAUAGAGUUAGGCCUUCAGUUUGGGUCAGUACUUAGCCCAAAAUGAGAACAACCUUUCCCUGCUAGCACCCCUAUGGGAUUUCUAAUAGUAUGUUAACACUAUGCCAAUGGUGGUGCACAUUUUUGGGCCGUUUAAGAUGAAAUCAGACAUUUAAAGCUUUAUAGAGACAUUCUCUUUAUUUGAAGCUUAUAGCAGACAUAUAUUUAACCUUGUAGCAAUUUUACAGGGAUUCUUCCAGUAAAGAUGAGUCCCUGAAAGGCCAUGAGGGUUCCCUAUUGGCCAAAAAAUAUAUAAACAGGAAAACAAAAUUGAAUCAAUAUUAUAUGUUUGAUUCAUGUAGAAACUGUAUACACAAGUGAAUUCAGAGCGGCACUUUCUUUCAGUGUAUUAUUGUUUUCUGUUCACUACAUACAGGCGUGAUUUGCGUGUAAUCUGUCAUCUGGUGCUUUUUUUGGCUGAGGGUUGAACAUUUGCAGGGUUUUGGGCCUGAAUGAAGGUGAUUUUUCUCUGAGAGUCUGUGUCCCACACUGCAUAGCAACGCUGGCCAGCUGAAGUGCCUCAGUAACUGUGCAGGAGUCACAGACCAAGAAGCACUUUGGAAAGGACCAUCAGCGUAACAUGACUUGGUACGUCGGCAGUGUUUGCAUUAAAUUGAAAAAGAAAAAAAAGGUCAGAUUUUGUCAAAGACACAGCACAAAAUGCACAACGAAGAAUAUAAGUAUUAGAAAACAGCCGUUUUGAAAAAUGUACAUGUUUACACUAAUUGUAUCUUCAGUAUUUCUGGUAAAAAACGAAGAGUUAGAUUAGCUAUUAUCUGAUAUAUCACUUCGUCAUAUCUGAUGGGAUGUAAGUAUACAUUUGUUAUAUUACUGCCUUCAUCUAUGACUAUUGCUUGCUGGUAGACCAGGACAAUGUAACAGCUCUGAAUGACUAAAGAAGGAACAUUAGCUUCGUUAAAUACUGGUAAUAUAGCAUAAAUAUACCUCCCCUUAUGGUUAUGGAGAAGAGCCAUACUGUGCUUGAUCAUGUACUGAGUAAUUAUUAAGACUAGAAGCAUACCAAACGCAAACUGUUUUGCCCAGCCAGAACACUGCAAGCACACGGUUGCAUUGUAUGUACUCAGCGUGUGUUCUCACACUACUAAGCCGGUUAUAAAGUUCAGUACUCAAGGGGGCAACAGAGUGCAUAUCUAAAUGUUCAAGAAUUAUCGAUCGGGUCUAAGCAUCUGUCCAAUACUGCUAAACAGUAAUGGCUAACAACAGUCUCCUGAUAGUGAUAUGAUACUGAGAUCAUGGUCCCACCACAAUGGGAUGUUUUGUUUAUCAUGUCCAAUCCGAGUAUCUGUAGGUUAUAGCGCCCCCUUGCUGCGCUGCUUAGAAAGCAGCUUGUGCUGGUUGCACAAAAACAUAUAUUUUGCUUAGCUUGAAGCAUUUGCCAACUUGCAUGAGGUAUGUUUCUGGUCUAAUCUUAUGACAUUCUAGGUUUUGUGCGAGGGAUGCAAAUAAUUCGCUAAUACUACCCUAUGAAAUGAAGACGAGCAAUGUACUGUAUGUUGUGUGUGGGUAUGCCUUGACUCAGGGUUGAAAACAGUUGUUUCCACAGCUGCUGAGAUUAAAGACGACAGUCCUGAUUCCUUUCACUGCCUCUACUCUAACACACCGAAUUUCAUUCAUGUGUUUUCAUAUUUACCAGCGUUUUUCAUACUGUAACCAUGGAAACCAACAUGGUGAAUGAAGUACUUCACUUGCAGCUCUCCAGUAUGUCAGUAGGGGGAGGCGCUGAGAGGAAUCAGCAGCAGACGUGAUUGUCUUUGAAUGCGUUUGUGUGUUUGAAUCAAGUCUGAUAUGCAUACGUGGUUUUCCUUCUGGGGUCUCUUCCUGCCCAAACACUAACCAGAGCUAAUGAGUCACAGUGAAGUGCUGGACUCUGUUAGGCGCUUAACACCAUUAACAGCCCCCUUCACACUCACACAGUAUUUUGUCUAAUCUUAUUUGAAAGAUUGUUGCAUUCAAGCCAUAUUUCAGUAUUCCCAGAGCUACUUCCUCCCGCUGUCUUAUGAGGGUCUUUAGCAUGCCAAGUGUGAACACAGAUGCUGGGGUUUCUAAUGUAAUCUCAUGAUUUGAGCUUCAGCUCCAGUGAUACAAAUUCACCCAAAACAGAUGUUACAAACAGUCAAAACCCUGUUGCUCUGUUAAAGUUGGCACAGAAGUGAGCACUCAUAGAGAUUUCACAUUCCAUGUAGCUGAAGUGAUGGCAGCUUUGAUUUAUUCAUUGUACACUCUCAAAAUAGAUGUGCCAGAAACAAUACUAACAACUGUGUUACUGUUAACACAAAAUGGGCUAAAACCAGUGAUGGGCUAAUUACUCAAAAAAAGAGUACCAUUACAAAUGACUAAUUACUUUAUCUAACAUCUCAUUACUUUUCUUCUACAACUCCAUUUCAAAAAAAGUUGGGACAGUGUAUGAAAUGCUAAUAAAAAACAGAGCAGUGAUUAGUACAUUUGGUUUGACCAGCAUUGAAUAGAAAAUGGUAUUAAAACAGACUAUUUUUUGUUUUACCUUCAGAGCUUUAUUGUUUGUAUUGCACCUUGGGAGCAUGUUUAGCACUGUGUUAUGAAACAGUAACACAACUGUGGAUACGACACAAACUAAUUCAGUUUUGAAAGCAUUUUUGCCAUUGUUCUGUUAUACGUAGUGCGACUGCCUGAAAAAGACACCUAAAAGGCAGGAUGUGUCGCUUCAAAAUGUGAACCCAGAGAAGUUGGCAGUGUUUCUGGCUUCCACAGUGCAUAGUACAGUCUUAACUAACAUUUACAGAUGCAGUGACAGACAGUGUUUAUUGACAGUGGUUUGGCAAAGCAUUCCUGAGCCCAUGUGAUGAUGUCCAUCACAGAAACAUGCAGUUGUAUAAUGUCUGAGGGGUAGAAGGCCAUGGGCAGUCACUUGUGGUCUUGAGCCUUGAAUUCCCUGCAUCUUUUGAUGAUAUGCCUUAUAGAGGCUAAAAUACCUUAAAUAAAGUGCUUGCAAUCCCUUGAUAAGGAACAUUAUUUUUAAACUGUUUUUGCUCAUGCAUUUUUUGGCAGUGGCAAGCCUGACCCGUCUUUGUUCAUAACGGGCUAGACCUUUCCUGAGUGCGUCUUUUAUAUCUGAGCAUGAUUGUAUCACCUGUUUAGAAUGUUUUUUGAACACUUCACAAUGUUCCUAGUCUUAAAUUUCCCCUGUCUCAACUUUUUUGGAAAAUGUCGCAGGCAUCAGUUUCAGAAUAAGUACAUACAAAAAACAACACAGUUAAUAAGAUAAUACAUUACAUGUCUUUGCAUUUGUUCAAAUACAGGUCAAAGUACUUGGUUAACUGUUUCUACUGUCAGUAUUCAAAUACUGAAAUCAGAAAACAUAUAGACAACACUGAUUUUACAUUUUAGCAGGUCUCUAAACUUUGAACAUUACACUAUGCUACUAUGAAACACGAGUGUCUGAAUGUAAGGACGUAGCGAAUGACACACUGUUAAGUGUGUGAAAUGAAAAUCUAGAGAAGUGCAGAUCUAUUGAUAACUGAUAUUAGCUACAUCCAGAAACAAUGAAAAGUCACAAACAGUCAUGUUGGCACAUCAUUACAGGACAUGACAAUAAGGCAUAAUGUGAACAGAUGACACAAGUUGUUAUUUGACACAUCAUUUUUGCGAGUGUAAGCAUUGCUUAUUUCAGCAUGGACCUUCUUUAUGUAUUACAUUUAUUUAAAAUAUCUAAAUAUUUCAGUAUUUGUCCACCUUUUCAGUCUAUGUAUAAUUAACUGACCUCUAAUGUAGAUUAAUCAAAGAGAUUAACAAUGCAGAUAUAGACUGAACAGGCUGGCAAACAAUUGAUUAAAUACACACUUAAUAUAAGCAUUACAGAUAUUUAAUGUUGCCAUUGUCUUAUUUAUAUGAAUCAGCACAGAUCUUACAAUUUUACGAGAAUUCUAAUAGAAAUGAGGCUCCAUGAAGAACAGAAACUGUUAUCCCAAUUUGUCAGGAAUAUUAAUAUCAUAACCUAGUGGGAUGAUAACCUUGUGGAAAAAUGUCUUUAAUCAACGCCUCCAUUAUUUGAUUCCCAAUCCCCUGUGAAGUAGCAGGAAAGCCAGUCUUACGGGUGCUUUACUGCUGAUUUAAAUGCAGAAUAAUCUCUGAUUUUAGUAUAAAAGUAAUACUUUGUGAUAUCUUGCUUGUUUUCCAUUUGUGUUUUAUUGUAUUUUAUUUAUUUUUAUUAUGUCAUCUAAUCUGUUUUAUCAGUUCACAAGAAACCCAUAUUGAGGUGCUUCUGUUUGAUUCUGGUCAUGAUGGCUCCAUGUGGGAGAACCACAAUGUAAAACUGUCUGUUUAGUGCUUUUUCUCAACGUCAGACUAAUUUUGUGUUUGCUGUAUAAAACCACAGUUGCUGCUGCUAACACUGCUUUCUAGCUGCUUUCAAUAACAAUCAUAACCAAAGUCUAGAGCAUCAUGAGUCAUCAUCAUGAAGUAUAACUAGGAGCAGUGCUUAAAAAAUAAUAAUAAUAGUAAUAAAGUCGUAGGAGACAUUUGCGGCCCUUUACAGCUAUGCAUCCUGCAUGACGACAGCACUUUCAUUAAAAUGCAAUAAUGAAGAAUAAUCGGCUGCUUCCAGUGCUAGUCCCAUCACCUCACACGUUCUGUGGUAUCUGUUGUGCUUCAGAUGUUUUAGUGAUGUGUGUAAAUGAAGAGUAGAUUUUUAUGAAUCUAAUUUAUAUAAAAUAAGCUAAAACAGACAAGUGGAGCUAUUUUGAUUAGUGUGUCUGUAGAGUGGGUUCUGAGCAGACGGAUGUUACACAUUUCCAUUCUUCCAGCCUCACACUCGUGACAUUAACCAGCUGUCUUCCUCUACAUGUCCUUAAACCUCUCUGUGUUUAUUCCUGCCUCCUCAAUCCCUUUGUUUCCUCUUUUUUGCCUCCUUUCACUCAGGAUCAAAUGUCAAUCAAAUGUACAGUUUAGAAUAAGAAACAGUGAAUUCUGUAGGAAUUAUUUCUGUGAGAAUGAUUUCUGUAGGAAGGAUUUCUAUAAAAAUGAUGUAAUGGGAAUUCUUUUUGUGGUAGUGAUUUGUAUGUAAAUUCUUUCUGUGGGAAUGUUUUCUGUAGAGAUGAUUUCCAUGGGAAUUAUUUCCAUAGGAAUGAUUUCUGUGGAAAUGAUUUCGUUGUGAAUUAUUUCUGUGGGAAUAAUUUCUAUGGGAAAGAUUUUUGUGGGAAUUAUUUCUAUGUGAAUGACUUCUGUGGGAAUGAUUUGUAUGUGAUCAUUUCUAAAAGUUUUCUGUAGAAAUGAUGGCUAUGGGAAGUCCUUCUGUGGGAAUGAUUUCUAUGGGAAUUAUUUCUAUAGGACAUCUUUCUGUGAGAAUGGUUUCUAUGGAAAUUAUUUCUAUGUGAAUUCCUUCUGUGGGAAUGAUUUCUGUGGGAAUUAUUUAUAUAGGACGUCUUUCUGUGGGAAGGAUUUUUAUGUUAAUUCUUUCUGUGGGACUGAUUUCUAUAGGAAUUAUUUCUAUAGGAAAUCUCUUUGUGGAAAUGAUUUCGAAUUUGGAAUUUGGUUCUCUGGGAAUGAUUUGCAAGGUUAUACUGUUAAACAAAAUGUGCCACAAAAGAUUCAAGUGAUGCCAUACAAGAACCACUUUUAGUUCCCUAAAGAACCAUGUUUGAAAAAAGGAGUGUGAACAACCUUUUAAAGUUUUGAAGAACCUUCACAUUCUAUAAAGGGUUUUUUUCUAGAACCUUCACAUUAUGAACCAUUAAAAAAACCUUAGGGAACCAAAAGUGGACAAGCUUUACAGAACAUUGCUAAAAAUCCAAUUCGAGUUAGUGAGCAACAACACAAUUACAUACCUGCAUUUUUAAAAGUAAAGAGUCCACAAAAAUGUUCUCUGCACAGUGCAAUGGAAGAACCAAUUUUGGUUCUUCCAAGAACCUUCUAAGAACCUUUCAGUGGAUGCCUUUGCCUUCUACACUGUAGAUAGGGAUUCAGUCCCGCACCUGGGCAAGCACCCUACCCUAUACCAACAAGAGUCCUUGGACAAGACUCCUAACACUACCUUUGCCUACCUGUGGGAAAAUGAUCAAACUGUAAGUUGCUCUGGAUAAGAGUGUCUGCCAGAUGCCAUAAUGUAAAUGUAAAUAGGGCAAGUAUCAGCACUCAUCAACGUCUGCCUGGAAAAUCAUGGCGAUGAUAAAAGAAGAAAGAACUCCAUGUAAAAUUUAUCCUGUACAGAUCGAGCUAUUGGUUGCUGAAAUUUUAAUAUGUUGGGAUUUUUGGACUGUAAAGCUUGUCCAAGCUAGCGAAAGUGCUAUGUAAGACUGCAUUUGUGGGCAGAGCAUGAAACGGUCAGCAAAAUAUCGCUGAGGUGAUGGUCCGUGUACAGCUUGGCUAAUCUCAGCUAACGAUGUGUGUUUUGAUUGAGGAGCUCGUAUGAUAUUUGUGUGUGCUGAGUAAUGUAAGAUUAUGUGUAGCAAAUGCUUGUGAAUGCUGAGUUUCUGUUAACUGGAAUGUAACCUCAACUGUAUUAGGUUAAAAGCUCUUAAACAGAAUGUUCUCCAGCUCUACCUUAAAGUUCACAUUAUCACAAAUCUUUGCUAGUUUCACUCUGUGCUGGUAGUAAAAACUUUUUCUUUUCAUAGAUUGACGUGAAUGUGCUGUGAAAUGUGAGGAGUAACUUUAUCACGUUUGCUGUCGUAACAAAACCUCACAUCUCUGAGAUGGUGGCUUUAGAGGAGAAGGUAAAAGCGUUCCUAUGCUAACAAUGCUAAUGUAUAUUUAGCCCCAAUGCCUUCUUAGGCUAAUAGUGCUGAUAUGUUAAUAAAACCAGAUUUAUUUUCAAGGAAUUUUGGCCCAUUUCUGUUGCUCCAUUCAUCUUGGAACAUUCACUUAAUAUAAAAGUCAGCUGGUGGUUUCAAAUAGUCUAAAACAGGCAUGUCAAACUGGGGGCCUUCCAGGCUAACAUGCUGUCAGAUUAGCGUUUACCCUCAUCUAACACUCUAAAUUCAGGUCAUGAAGGCCUUGCUUAAUGAAGCAGUGUCAUGAAAUCUGCAGUGCUUUGGCCCGUAAGGACUGGAGCCUGACACAUGUGGUCUAAAAUUAUGUAAAACAGAGUUAAGAAGUUCUGCUACGACAGUGAUGAUAUGUUAAAAGUCCUGCUUGGCCUGAGCAGUACAGGCCUUUGGUACACUGUAAACUCAGAAUAAUUCAAGUGCUGACUGAAUUAAAUGUAUUAUAACACAGUUAUUGCCAAGAGUGAACUGAAAGGCAGUGAUGGUGUUGAGCAAAUAUAUUAUAUAUUUUUUCAAAGCUCCAUUUUUUCUGUGUUACACUUUGUCACUUGGCUUCUAACGCUGUCCAGUCAUCAAAUCUGUGUGUGCAGUGUCACCAGUCUGGGGUGGACUUGGACACUGACAACCGCAAAGGCCAAACCACAUGUAUGUAGGGGCCUAGUUUAACAACUUUAACUGUAAGGGCCUUAAUGUGGUCCUAUUUACUUCCUCUCUCAUGAAAACUACCAGUUUCAGGGUAGUUAUUGAAUAAUAGGUCUACACCAUAAUGACUAAAUAUACUAAACGAAGUGCUGCAUUGUACAUACUUCAUUCAAAAUGUGUACAUUUGGUCAUUUCCACAUUAAUAAAAUAUAUUACAUCAGCACAGCUUUGCUGUCCCUUUGUCAGUAACUAAUAAUACUGUGUCAAAUCUUUUAUAUUCGUAUGAAAAUGAUGGACACAUUUCAACCAAGUAAAUUCAAUGCAGUUCGUUUUCAGUGUAAAUGCAGUUUAAUGGGUUAACACUCUUUAAUCAGACUAAUCCCUGUCAUCUCACCCGUCACAGCCUCGUUAGGGGGUAUUUAUUAUUUUGGCUUUGUGAUGGCAAAUUUAACACAACUGUAAUGUGGAAGUUUCCUGCUACUUUUAAUUGUUUUGUUUUGUGACACCUUCAUUGUAAGUACCAUGACUGUGUAGAAAGCAACACCAAACUGACACUUCAAUAAAAGAAGCUUGAAGGAAA